AUGACUGCACAAGCUACCCAACUUCCCCCCCUUGACGAGCGGCUCGUCGUGAGCCUCAACGUUGGCGGCGUCAAAUUUGACACGACAGCUGCGACACUGCUGAAGGGAGCAAGACAAGGGUCGCAGGUUCUGCUUCAAGUCUGCAAAACUCUCCAUGCACAGCAGGCGCAGCAGCAAUUCAGUGUGCAUGUCCUGCAUGGCAGUAUUUCCUUGGAUAGAAAUGGAGCAGGUGCAAGGAGAGGAAGGUGCGACGUGAUUGACAUCAAGAUAGUUUACACGCAUGUUCUCGACUUUCUCAGAGACGGCACCUUGUAUCAUGUCCCCCAGUGCCAUCGACAAGCGCUCAUCGCAGAGGCAAAGUACUUGGGGCUCAAGCAGCUUGAAGAAAAGGUCGGGGAGCAGCCGCAGGAACGCGACCUACUAGUUGCCCUCACCCAGCUUGAGGUUAACGUGUCGCAGUCUUUCUCUGGCAUGUCAGAUAAGUUGAGAGAAAUGGAGGGCAAAGUCCAGUCUCUCGAGCUCAGGCUUGACUUCAUUCGGAUUCUCGCUAAAGGCAGCGCCUCCGGAAUGCGCCUUGCUGGGUUGAAAUUGCCCAAGACUGACCUGCACAAUCUUGACCUCAAGGGCAUUCGAUUCGAUCGCUGUAACCUCUCAUCCGCUUGCUUCCGAAAGGCGGAGCUCGACGGCUGCUCAUUCCAAGUGAAGCCUUUGGCUCUCGAUCCUCAGAGCUCACGAGAUGACCAGGGAGCAAACUUGGCUGGAGCUGACUUCUCCUCUGCUUCAAUCUCCGGCACAAAUUUCACAGGUGCCGAGCUGGAUGCAUGUACGAAUUUCGAGGGGGUGAAGUGGGAGACGGACUUGUGUUUCACCGGAAAGAUCGUCAGCGUCCAACUCCCUCCAGUCGAUGGAGAAUUCUUCUUCCUGGUACAAGGAGCGCAAGCCGAGGACACGGAGUCAUACAAGGGAGGGCGCGGAGCGAUCCUGUCGGGGAGGCUCCAGCUGAAAGGAUCGUCGCUCCUACACAUUCUUGUAGGUGGAAAGUCCAAGUUGAACGGCCGAGCGUCUGGGGGUGGAGGAGGCUCGUUCGUAGUGCUCGGCGAUGAUCUGCUGUUUGCCGCUGGGGGUGGAGGAGGGGCAGGUGAGCAAGGGGAUGGCACGGACGCAAGUUUAACGGAGGACGGAGACCGUGGAGGAGGAGGGGCAGGAUGGAUCGAAGACUCAGCGGAAGGCGCCAGGAGCUUCAAGAACGGAGGCCAGGGAGGAGGUGACACAGGGGGUUUUGGAGGAGGCGGAGCCUGCGCGGGAUAUGGCGGGAGUGGAGGAGGUAGAUCAGGCAUCGCGAAGUCUCGGUAA